GCAAAUAAGUAAUAAUGACUCCAAAUCCUUCCCAUUUGCAAAUUCCAAACAGUUAGGGACUAGAAAGCAAAUAAUUGAAAUUUACGCUGUUUGCGUCUUAUAAAACGAUCGCAGAGGUCUAAAAAAAAAAAACACUGAAAAAGAAUGACAAAAUCGUCUCUGACUUGAAUUUUGAACCUUUUCGCUGUGUGCACGAGUUGGAAGUAGGCUUCCUUCCCUGCCCUUGGUUCUCUCAUUUUUCACUACUUCGCUCUCUUCCCUGCUUUUCGACGCUUCUCUUUCAAAGCCAAUUGAUUGUAAACUUUCAAGGGGUAGAAAGGUUUGCUCCAAAGAUAAGAUGGGAGCUGAUGAUAUCUAUACGAAAGAUGGGACAGUGGAUAUCCAUAAGAAUCCUGCCAACAAGAACAACACCGGGAAUUGGAAAGCCUGCCGUUUCAUUCUUGGAAAUGAAUGCUGUGAACGGUUGGCAUACUAUGGGAUGGGGACCAAUCUGGUCAACUAUCUCCAAAAGCGUCUCAAUCAGGGAAAUGUCACUGCAUCAAACAAUGUUACGAAUUGGUCUGGAACCUGCUACAUUACCCCGUUGAUUGGAGCCUUUCUAGCUGAUGCAUAUUUGGGUAGAUACUGGACAAUUGCUUGUUUCUCAAUCAUCUAUGUCUUUGGUAUGGCACUCUUAACAUUGUCUGCUUCUGUCACUGGACUAAAGCCAUCAUGCAAUGGGGAUGAUUGCCACCCAACGGUCGGACAAUCUGCAGUCUUCUUUUUAGCUCUAUACAUGAUUGCUCUUGGUACUGGUGGAAUUAAGCCAUGUGUCUCAUCCUUUGGUGCUGACCAAUUCGAUGAAACUGAUGAUACUGAGAGGAAAAAGAAAAGUUCUUUCUUUAACUGGUUUUACUUCUCAAUCAAUAUUGGAGCACUUAUUGCUUCCUCUGUUCUAGUAUGGAUACAAAUGAAUGUGGGCUGGGGCUGGGGUUUUGGAAUCCCAGCAGCUGCAAUGGCCAUUGCAGUUGUAUUCUUCUUUUCUGGUAGUCAACUAUAUCGUCUUCAAAAACCUGGGGGGAGUCCAUUAACAAGGAUUUUUCAGGUUAUAGUUUCAUCCUUCAGAAAACUCAACGCGAAAGUUCCUACAGAUAAGUCUCUUCUUUAUGAGACUACUGACGAGGAAUGCAAUAUUCAAGGAAGCCGAAAGCUAGAGCACACAGAUAAGUUAAGGUUCUUUGACAAAGCUGCUGUAGAGACUGAAAAUGACUAUGUUAAGGGAUCACUAAAUCCAUGGAGACUGUGCACGGUAACUCAAGUUGAGGAGCUCAAAUCCAUUAUCAGAUUGCUUCCGGUAUGGGCAUCUGGAAUUGUUUUUGCUACGGUUUACAGUCAAAUGAACACUAUGUUUGUUUUACAAGGCAACACAAUGGACCAACACAUGGGGCCACACUUCAAGAUCCCUUCGGCAUCCCUUUCCCUCUUCGACACUCUGAGCGUUAUCUUUUGGGCUCCUGUAUAUGACAUAAUCAUUGUCCCAUGUGCAAGGAAAUUCACAGGCAAGGAGCGAGGUUUCACCCAGCUCCAACGAAUGGGCAUUGGCCUUGUCAUUUCUAUUUUUGCAAUGGUCACUGCAGGUAUCUUGGAGGUGGUCCGGCUCAACAUUGUUAGGAAAAACAACUACUAUGAUCUUGAGUAUAUUCCCAUGUCGAUUUUCUGGCAAGUCCCACAAUACUUCAUAGUCGGAUGUGCAGAAGUUUUCACAUUCAUUGGGCAAUUGGAGUUUUUCUAUGACCAAGCACCCGAUGCUAUGAGAAGCUUGUGCUCAGCUCUCUCGCUAACAACGGUUGCACUAGGCAACUAUUUGAGCACUCUGCUUGUUACCAUUGUGUCUAAUGUGACCACAAGAAACGGGAAGCCCGGAUGGAUUCCGGAUAACCUGAACAGGGGUCAUCUUGACUAUUUCUAUUGGCUCUUGGCUAUCCUCAGUCUGGUCAACUUCUUGGUGUAUCUCUGGAUUGCGAAGUGGUAUACAUACAAAAAAGUAACUAGACAUAGUAAUUCCUAAGACUCCAAGUUGCCUC